AUGUCAUCAGAGCCAGGGGUGUCUAAGCGCCGGGCGCAGGACAGCCAAAGUCAGGGCAAAAGACCGCGGCCGGCGAUCAAGAAGCACCUGUACCUGGUGUUGGAUGACUGGGAGAGGGGAUACUCUAUCCGGCAGAUCGACCCUGACACCAUGGUCUCGGUCUCGGUCUCGACCUCCGACGACUUAGCCUGCGCCAAUCGGGACCCAACGCGCCUUCCCGAGCCCGCAGCGUUCCGGUUCGUGGCACCUGCUUCGGAAUCGGACACGCAAUUCAUCGCCAUGGGCAGCAGCAUCGUCGUCGUGGGUAGCAGCGGAGGCGCAGAGGCUCCAACCGUGGUGUACGACACGGGGGCAGCGGCGCUGGCCACCGGCCCUCCCUUGCCGGGCCUCCUCUCCGACUUGCUCGUCGCUGUAGCAGGCGGUGACGCGCUGUACGCCUUCGAGGCGUUCUGGUGGGCGCCGCGCACCCGCGAAGCGGCGGAGCCGGGGCGUCCGACGCACUCGUGGUCGUGGAAGAGCGUCGCCGCGCCGCAGCCGCCUUUCGCUCCGGAUGCCAUCGUGUCCUACGCGGUGCACCCGGACGGGCGCACCGUCUUCGUGUCCACGGCCCCGCGCGCCGCCCACGGCUCACCCCGCCGCGGCAGUCGCGGCGGCACCCACUCCUUCGACACCGCGCGCCGCGAGUGGCGGUGCCACGGGGAUUGGGUGCUGCCGUUCCACGGCCAGGGCUUCUUCGACCGCGAGCUGGACGCGUGGGUUGGCCUCGACGAGGAGCAAGGCUGCGUGUGCGCCUGCCAGGUCGCGUCCUGCAGCACGAUCAGCAUCGUGCCGACGGAGUCGGACAGGAUGGAGGAGAAGCUGUUCCGCGCGGCGGGCGAGAGAGCACGCGCUCGGAGGCCACGCUCGCGUACAUGGCCGACAGCAAGUUUUGCCUCGUGGAGAGCGUGCCUCGGCGUCUACCUCGAGAGGAGGAUGCUGGGCUCGGGAACGAUCGCGUCGUUCGUGUGA